CGAGCCGGGUCAGAGGGCGGAGCCGAGAUGUGAGCGUGGGGCGCACGCGCGCGGCAAGUGGCGACGGAGGCCGUCAUGGCGCCGUCGCAGCAGUCUCGGGUUCUGCGAUGCUGCAGCUGCCGCCUCUUCCAGGCGCACCAGGUGAAAAAAAGUCUCAAAUGGACAUGCAAGGCUUGUGGAGAGAAGCAGUCCCUUUUGAAGGUAUAUGGUGAGGGUUCUGGUGCUGACUGUAGACGCCAUGUCCAAAAAUUAAAUCUGCUACAGGGACAGGUUUCAGAGCUGUCACUCAGGUCUGUGGAAGCAGCUGUAACUGCUGGCAAAGAAGAAAAUGCAGGUGGGGAGCAGGCUGAGGAUGGGACCCCACAGGUAGGCCUGCAGGAAAAAUCCCAGCCCUUGGAGAACCGCUGGCUGAAGUAUCUAGACAAGGGCAGCCCAGAGCAGGAGCCAGAAGGAGUAUGUUUCCACACACAGCCCUCAUCCAACCCAGAGCAUCUAGGCCCUCCCUUCAAUCAAGCCCUGCCCAGAAAAAGGAAAUGGAGCCAGAGCACAGACCACCCUCCUCAGAGCCUUGUUGUCCAGGAUUCAGAUGAUGCUGAAGUCACCUUGGAAUCCCAGGAGGGAUAUACUGGCCUGACCAGGACCGGGGAGCGAGACAGCAACCACUCCCUCCAGAACUCUGUGCACUGCAACACCAGGGAGCUUAGUUUUCCUCGGUGGAAACUACCCAGUCCUGCGCCACAGGUUCAGGCCCCAUCUUCUAAAUGGGCACGGUUUCUCCUUUCACCUGGGAACAGCUCACUUGUGGACACAGAAGUGCCAAGACCAUUGCACAGUGGCUCUGGGUCAGCCAGCCCAACACAGGCUGAACCAGGUACCCCUAGGACUGAGACUCCAAGGGAAGGCAACCUCAGCAGGCCCACCACCACCAUCCAGUUUCCUCAGGCCACAUACACUCCCAUGUCCAGACCUAGGCCUUGCAGGAAUUCCCCUCAGCAGUCAUGGAGCACAGGGACUCCUCUGGUCCAGGAGGUAGAGAGGGCCCAACCUGUGCAACUAUGUAGUCUCUUUACAACAGGGGAAGACUUUGAUGAUGAUCUGUAAAUUGAGAUGAUCAUAACUGUAGUAUUUAGAGUCAUGUGUUACAUGUGCCCAUUUCCUCUACUAUGCCACAGAAACAGAAUUCCUGAGGUGCUUUUAAAGGAGUGUAAUCUGAGAACAACCAAGAGUAGACAAUAAACAUUACUGUAAAACAGGUAUUUCUCUCAUCGGCAACCAAUAGGAAGGACAUCAUUGUCAAUUAAAGUGCUUGUACCGUUUAAUUAUAGGUUGUUUACAAAUCAGAUAACAGGAUGGCUACAAAGGAAUUUUCUUACUUUAAAAGCAGAUGACACAUUUGGAAAUGAAAAAAUUAGAGCAGUCAUGACACAAGGAGGCAUAAUCAAUAAAAAAACACAGCUCAGACCUCCCUUCUGAGCCCAUCUAGUACCAAGCAGGAAACCCACAACCCAGCUACCCGCCAUCCCUGGUACUCCUAUAGAAGCCUCCUCCAUUUGCUCCCUGACAACUUUCUCAUUUGUUGAAAAAUAAAUGUCAGUGUAUUAUUAAUCAUUUUUUAAAAAGAAAAAGCAGAAAGCCAUUAGGCAAGACAUAUUCCGAACUGCUGGUGUGAUGCUGGCAGGAAGAGAAGGAGUAUGCAGGCAUGUCCUUGCCCUCCCCAGCCAGGGCAAGGCCUUGGAGAGGGCAAGCUGCUUCUGUUUCUCACACACUUGGAACUCUCCCUUCAUGUCACUUGUCCCACUGCCCUGAAUGACUUCAUGCAUCCCCACCCAUGGAUUCUGGAAGAAGAAUGCUGAUAAAUUGGCCCUUACAGAGGCCCUGCUGUUCUAUGCUAACUCAAUGCAA